AUGGCCGACUAUAGCCUCUACGAUGCCACAGUGCCUCAUGCCAUUUCAGCUCUUAAUGCCAUUCUGAGCCUUCUCGAUUUGCUUCAAGCCCAUGCGUCAACAGCCAAUGUCCCCGUUGAGGAAUAUAUAAACGCCAGACUCAUUUCGAACAUGUAUCCCUUUGAUUUCCAAGUCUUCAUGGUCUGUCGAAUGGCAAAAGACAUCAUUAGCCAUUGCCAAGGCGCUGAAGAUGUCGCAAAGAACUUCGGCGCUGAAGAGGAGAAGCAACUGGCAGAAUUGACAACACUUGAAAGCAUGAAUACACUGGUCAGGAAAACGCUGGAUGUCGUCAAUGAUUCGGAUAGGAAUAAGUUCACUUCGAGAGCGGGAGCGAUUGUCACGUUCAACUAUGGUCCGGACAAGUACAUCACGUCCACAGUUUCGCAAUUCGUUGGAGGUUAUGGAUUACCCAACAUGUACUUUCAUCUUGUAACCGCCUACGAUAUCAUUCGUUCUAAAGGAGUACCCGUUGGGAAGCAAGAUCUAUUAACACCCUUUUUCAAUCAGCAACAAAUUGCUCCCUGA